AUGGCUGCAAUCUUCGGCCGACGAGGCCUUCUCUCGCUCCUGCUGCUCGGCGCCCAGCCAUGUGUCGCCUCGUUCGUUUCGACCCUCCCGGCCGGCGCUCAGGACAUGUUCAACCAGUCCAUGUCCUGGCUGGACACGCUGUACGACCCCGACGCCCACUACCUGUACGACGUGUCCCAGGGCACCCAGACGUCGCUGAACCACGAGACCCGCGCCUCGGCCUGGUACGCCAUCGGCCUGCUGGCGAGGAACAGCGGCAGUGAUGUCGACGAGGCCAUGCACAUCAUCAAGAACGUCAUCGCCGGCCAGUUCAAGAACCCGCAAGACCAAUGGUACGGCACGUACCAAAAGUCGCCCGAGGAGCCCACCGUCGGCACCGCCGCCUACCCGGCCGACAUCUACAACAGCUGGGACCCCAACUGGCGCGGCUUCAUCGGCACCGCCUUCAUCCAAGGCCUGGAGGACUUCCCGCACCUCAUCACCCCCGAAGUGACGGCCCUCAUGCUCGAGUCCCUCCGCAACAACACCAUCGGCGACAGCUACCGCGUCGGCGGCGUCGACGGCGACAACCUCUACCCGGCCUACAGCAACCCCUCCAUCAUGCGCGCCUUCGUCAGCGGCUGGACCGGCCGCCGCCUCAACGACGCCAACAUGACCGCCGCCGGCGAAUCCUACGCCCAGGACGUCGUCGACCUCUUCGACCGCGCCGACACCCUCUCCGAAUUCAACAGCGGCACCUACGCCGGCGUCUCCCUCUACGCCCUCUCCCUCUGGGCCCGCUACAUGCCCUCCAACUCGUCCGUCAUGGGCGCCCAAGGGCCCCGCAUGCUCCGCGCCACCUGGUCCAGCGUCACCUCCCUCUACCACGCCCGGCUCAGGAACAGCGCCGGCCCCUGGGACCGCACCUACGGCUACGACAUGACGCGCUACCUCUCCAUCCUCGCCCUGCACAUCUGGAACCUCGUCGGCCGCGCCGCCAGCCCCCUCUUGCCCUCCGCCCCGCCCUACGCCAUGGGCCACAGCGCCGACUACGCCUACGCCCCGCUCCUCGCCCUCAUGGCCCCCUCGCACAACGCCCUCGUCCCCGCCGCCGCCGUCCAGCGACUCACGCACUUCCCCGGCCCCCACCUCGUCCGCACCAGCGCCUUCUCCCCCCCUUACGACGCCCACCCCCGCAACAUCACCGCCUGGCUCGCCGACCGCAUCACCCUCGGCGCCUCCACCUUCGACGAAGCCGCCGUCGGCGGCCCCGCCCUCAACCCCGACACCUGGAGCCCCGCCGUCGUGCAGUGGGAUGCGUCAUCCUCGUCUUCCUCGUCCUCGUCAUCUUCCAACCAUUCGUCGUCCAACACUUCUUCUUCUGCUGCUACUACCGCCCCCGAAAUCGGCUGGCUGAAAUGGUACGCCACCGAGCCCGCCCUGCUCGCCGACGUCCGCGCGCCAGGCAUCCUGAACCUGACCUACCCGCGCGGCGACGCGAGUUCGAUUUUCAGCUUCAUGGUGUCCCCCGCCAAGGGCGUGCCCGACGUCGCUGGGUGGGAGGACGUCAAGGGCGUGCGGGUCAGCGUCAUUGGGGGGAAUGUGAAUGCGACGUGUGCGGUCGCGUAUUACGGCCCGUAUGGCGGGGCGGGCGGGACGGUGAAGUGA